AUGCUACCGAGCCUUCAGGUACUGUCAUCGAGGUUCCAUCCGAAGUUUCGCCUUCGGCGGCGACUUCCAUUCUUCCGCCAGUCUCGUCUGGGCUCUGGCGGCCCGCCAGACCGUUCGCCUAACGGUGAGUCGCCUCAUGAGUCCGAGACCUCCGAGGACCGCGAAGCGUUGUUCCUGGAGAUGUUCGGCCCCGACGAAAGAGAGGAAACCUCGGUGGCGCAACCUGUCGCUCCUUCGGAGGCUCCUUCUCCCCUGGCUGCUGCGACCAGGGUUCCUGUAGCCUCACAAGCGGCCACCGUGUCACUCCCGAGUCGACUCCACACUCGGUCGGCCUCUGUUCACGCUCGGGCGAUGCUCAGUGGUCUUGCUACCAUGUUCCUGGAGCCGGGUUUCACGGCACCCGGGGCGUCGGAGUGCUGGCAUCUUAUCCAAAACGCCAGUGUCCCCCUCGUCUUUGAGGACGACUUGGUCGCCCCCAGUUCAGUGGAUGGGAUCGUGGAGUUUGGCUUGUGGACGGAUCCUGCUCACCCCUUCCAAGCGUUGCGCCAGCUUUUCCCAGAUGAGCCUUGUUUGAUCGAUACGACGGGUUUUCCAUCCUCGGUGGCUAUAUCCCGUCGUGCAACUGGUCGAGCUCUACUCGUUCGCCUACGGCGGCAGUUCCAGGGGUACUCCUGCCACUCCACCGAGAGGGGCGACCUUGGUUUCGCCUUGUGGGAGCGUCGCCACUGGAUUAGGGGUAAAGCCGUCAGGGCGUAUAUCGAUAACCUCGCCAGAGCCCUCGGUCAGCGCAAUGUGCAAGUCCUAGCGCUUCGACAAGCGUGGUCCAAGUACCACCGAGAUCGCAGUUAUCGUGCAGACCGAUUCCGAGACCAGAUGCUCCACAGGGUGUGGAAUGGGGCCAUUACGUACGACAGACAGCCUCAACAACACCGCACCGAGGUUUUGCUGGAGCCGUCGUACCUGCAAUACUCGUUCGAGGUGAUGGAGUGGGUCCCCACUACCGACGACUGGGUCUCCGAGGUGGCGGACGUGGACGCCCGCGAGCCGUGGCGUAACUGUUGGUUCCAAGCGCCGGCAGACCACCCCUACAACACGGCUUUCGCCCCUUGCAACGACGUCCCGUUGUUUGUCCCCAACGGGUCGACUCGGGAGACCGUGGCGUCGUCGGUCGUGGUUGAAUCUUCUCUGCGGACUUCGAUGGUAGUCGCUCCAUGGGUGGCCGAGUUCGCAAACGCUCGUCGUUCUCGCUCUCUAAGCCCCGAUGAGGAGACGAAGGAGUCGGGUGAAGCUUCUUCCGCCGCCGGGUCAAGUCUGGGCAUGUUGGCUCAGGCUGUGAUGGAGAUUUAG